CAAUGGAGUUCACACUUAGAUCAUCAACCUUUCUCCUGGCCUCAGUGAUCUGCCUCCAGCUUUACCAAGCUGAAGUGGGAGAAAGCAUGCACAUUAUACUGAGAUGUGCAUGUCCUGAGAGCAACAAAUUUAUCCCAGAUGCCUUGGCAAACUUUACUAUCAUUGAAAAAGGAGCACACUGCCCUUCAGAUGAAAUCAUAGUGACACUACAGAAGAACAACAAGGAGGUGUGUCUGAGCCCAAGUGAAAGACAGGGUCAGCAUCUUCUCAACUGCUGGCAAAGGAUAAAUAAAGAUGAAAGCAAAAAGGCUGCAUGUCUCCGAAGGAGGAGACCUCAUAAAAAGUAAUAUUAUGGGAAAAGGAACCCGGACAACCUAGAGGAGCAGCAACACGGUUUCAGAGCUUCCAUGUGACUAGAGGAGUCUGGAGAGAGGAAGAGAGGAGAAAGGAAUGCUGGGAGAAACCACAAACAUGCAGGGAGAAGAGAGCACGCCGCUGAAUCCUUCACAUAUCAAAAGCUGCUCACACAAUGUCUUUCCUGUUGGUGUCACUCAGGAGCCGCGGCAUUAACCCUUGCACUCAAAUGAAGUUUAUCAUCAUCAUCAUCAUCAUCAUCUUACUCAAAGUUACUUUGAGCUGUAUAGACACUGUGAUAUUUUUGUAAAUGCGCUGAAGUCUUGAAAAUGGCACAUUGAAACUUCAUAUUGUUCAGCAGAACAAA